AUAAUUUGCGAAUCAGCCGUGAAAACUUUUACUUUUACCCGAGCCUAAAAUCACGAGCUCUAUGCAUUUCAAUGUCCGAGAAACGGUUGGUUGGAUCCAGCGUACUCUAUGGAAAAUCAUUUUCGUUUGUAUAAAAGGGUGGUUUUCGGUCAGAAAGAUUUCCAUAACAUCCUUUGCCGGUUCACAUCGCUCAAGAUGUGAUCGCGCGUUUGACUCAUGUUGCUAGGAAACGUGAGCGCUAACCAAUCAGAGGCGUAUCUAAAAACAACUGCUUGUUCUAAAAAUAGCUUUCACGGACGUCAUCAUUGGAACAUACCCUAAUACGGGGGAUUCGUUCUCUUACAUCAUGGUCUCUUGUUUUCACAUCAUUAUUUUAGCCUUUAUACCGUUAAAACACUAAGCAUCCUAAACCAUAUGAACCUUGAUUGGAAAGCUGUCUUUAAGAACAUCCGGUACGCUCCUUUCUUGCGGACUCGCGUCGCUCGACAGUUGAUGCAUUUGAUUGACGUGAUAACAAAUAGUAGGCGUGACUUCAGGAUACUCAACGAAAUAGGCAGGCGAUGAACAUGAAAAAAAACACAAACACUUUUAGCUUCAAGAUGGUCAACACCCUCAUCUCCUAACCGCUGAAGAGCAUGAUGUUUUAGCCGUAAAAUGAUGGAAAAAGUAUUUUUGCUAGUUGCAUACCUUCUAACAUGUGGAGAAAGUGCUUUUCGUAGCUACGAGAGCGGAGAUUUUGUGAUUGGUGUCCUUUUACCGAUAACAAAUCCACCCGAAUGCACAAAUGUCAACAGAGAAAGUCUACCUUUGGUCGAGUCGGUGAUCUACAGUAUCCAAACGCUCAAUGCAGACAAGAAAGUGCUUGGAAAUAGAACGAUUGGUUAUGAUAUUAAGGACACGUGUUCGAGACCGAAUUUGGCUUUGCAGAUUGCAAUGAAUUGGACAAGAAGUCAACAAUUGAAGAAUUGCUCUUCGAGAAUUUGCUCGGGAAAGAAAGUCAUUGGAGUGAUUGGUCCUGUCACAAACGAGGAGAUUACAUUGACAGCAACAGUCUUUGGAUUCUACCAUUUUACACAGUUUGUCUUCAUGCCUGUAACCCGCCUGCUGAGCAAUCCUAAAUACUUUAGUACGCUGGUUGACAUGGAUCUCGACACGUCAGAACAGGCUGACGCCAUCGCCUCCAUUGCCAAGCGCUUCCGCUGGACCUGCGUCAAUAUUGUGGGCUCAGAUGAUAUGUACGGGCGAGGAGUUGUUACGUCACUGAGGCACCAGUUAAAGCGCAAAAAUGUUUGCAUUUUUGCGGAAGAAACAAUCCGGGAUUCGGUCUCACAAGCUGCAGAAGACGCGAAAAGGAUAGUUGCAAAGAUCAAAGAAAAAGUUCUGGUUAAAGUGACAAUACUAUUGACUUCUAAAAUAGCUGCCAGUGCCCUCUUCAACGAGGCGAAGCGACGAAACCUCACAGCGCAUGUUUGGAUUGGGGACGAGGAUUUGACCAUAUAUGGCUCGCUGACGUCAAAAUAUGGUGACGUCAUUGAUGGCUCUCUAGGGAUUGGUCCCCCGCAAGGAGAUUUGCAGGCGUUUAAGAAUCACGUGCUAAGCAUUUCACGAGGACUUAGUUGCUGUAGUUGGCUUGAAAGUCUGGCAAAAGAAAACCUUAGCUGUCAAUCAAAUAAUCUCCAUGGAGACAAGGAAUUGAUUGAUGCCGACAUGUUGUCCUAUGGGAAACAUUAUUAUAUCAAAAGAGCUGUUUAUUCUAUCGCGCAUGCGUUAAAGGACUGCACCGGAAGUUGUUUUGACAAUGUAUCACCUUUCUACGUCACGCAAAAACUGAUCAAUUUGGAAUAUGACUAUAAAAGGGAGCACUUGAAACUGUCAGGAGGUCACAUUCAAGGGAAAAAGAUAUUGAUAACUAACUUGCAAAAAAUGGGAUCAUCAUACAAUUACGUUACCGUAGGCAAGUUCGAGCUAACAGGGAAAGACUGGAACCUAAACAUCAGCGAUGCAGCAAUACAAUGGCCAGGGGCUCAGCGAAUAGCACCAUACUCGGGCCUCUCGGAGCAGUGUCCUCCAGGGACCUUCACCUACGUCAGCCCUUUGACAUGUCUCUGGGAGUGCCUUAAGUGCCCUAGUGGGACCUUUUCCGACAACUACACCUCAGCCUCGUGUAAAAAGUGCCCCGAAGGGUCCAUCCCAAAUAAAGACCAAACUCGAUGUCUUGUUGAAGAGUUGACAUACUUACAGCCGGUUGACACCUUCGCGGUGAUCAUCCUUGUUGCGAGUACACUGGGCGUGGCACUCGAUGUAGCGGUACUGGUCAUUUUCGUGCGGUUCCAUCACACCCCUGUCGUGCGCGCGUCAAAUCUCGGGUUCAGCCUUUUCACUCUUAUCUUGUUACUUGUCUGGUUCGUCACUCCUUUGUUGUUCAUUGGCCGACCAGGAGACUUGACAUGCAAGGUCAGAACUGUACUCAUCCCAAUACUGUACACUUCAGUCAGCUCGUUCUUACUCACCAAAACCAAACGUCUUAUACAAAUCUUCUCCGCGUUCGACAAGAACAGGUUCCUGAGUAACUACUGGUACAGCUUUGUCGCAGGCUCCUUCAUCCUCGUCCAGGCCGUACUUUGCGGUAUUUACCUCAUCUAUUUCCCGCCAAAAACCAUUCAAGUGCAAGUGGGUGACAACGCAAUGCUGUUACACUGCUCACGUGACCUACCGCUAGAUAUUACGUCAUUUAGCUACAAUUGCUUAUUGGCUGCCUUAUGUGCGGUGUUCGCCUUUAAGUCACGCAAUCUCCCGGAAACGUACUCCGAGGCUAAACACAUCUGCUUUACCAUGCUCUCAUAUAUGAUCACGUGGGCCAUUUACUUUGUCGGUCACUAUGGCAACACAGCCGGGAAUUUGCGAGCUGCGGUUCCCAGCGUUGGGAUUCUCCUUGGUGCGUACGCGGUGCUUCUCUUCAUCUUUAUGCCAAAGAUCAAAGUGAUCUUUCUCGAACCGGAGAAAAACACAAAAAAGGCGGCAAUGGCAGAGACAAGGAAGUACUCUAUAGAUGUUGCGAACUUAAAGUACUACAGCGGUGGCGCUCGGGAACGCCGACAUACUCUAGCGGUCUUACCACCAUACCAUCCAAGCACCGCGGACCCGGGCUCCGGUGCUCCACAAACGAACAGGUCGCGAUUUAACUCUAUCAUACUUAGGAACGCUGAUGCGUGCAUGGCCACGUCAAUAAAGGAGACUGAUGAGGAGUCCGCGGAGACGGAUUCUGUGUCCGUCAACGGUGAUAAUAAGCCUACUGUGGUCAUGUGACGUCAUCAGUAUGACGUCAUGAUUUGCCGCCAUCAUUUACAUGUUGAUGACGUCAUUUAUGACAUGCGCUUUGAAGAGACGUGGUCCCACACACAUGCAUUCAUUUGGCACGUGAUCACACUUUAGAAUGCAUUCAUUUGACACGUGGUCUCAAACUAGAAUACAUUCAUUUGACACGUGCUCACAAACUAGAAUGCAUUCUUUUUACACGUGAUCCCUCACUUGAAUGCAUUUAUUUUACACGUGAUCCCACGCUAGAAUGCCUUCGUUUGAUACGUCAUCCCUCUUAAUAAUCCCACGCCUCUUCCGCUCUGAUCCGCUUUAAGACGGCGCCAUGUUAUUAAUAGGGCGUUUUAGAUCCACAUUAUAGAUUUUUGCCAGCGUUGUGUCCUAAAGACGACGUGAGAAAGCAUAUGCAAAGACCCCCGAAAUGGCGAAUAAGCGGCUACACCAGGCUCCCGAAAUGUAGUUUCUUAAGCAUUUUAUCUGAGAGAGUUUAUAUUAAAAAGGCGACUUGCACUAUGGAAACACGGGACAUUGUGGGCGGCAAACUCGUUCCCGCUUUAACAACAAAAAGCGUUCACAAAUCAGCUAGAAGCGGCUUAAUUUUAUUGAAAGAGUUUAUUUUUCCUUUACUCUUAAGCGCAAGACCGUGGUCUUUUCUUUUUAUAUUUUGGCGUGAGUUUUACACGUGAUUUCUUUUUGAGGGUAACCUAUUCAUAGCUUUGGGAGCGUCUAGACCUCAAACGUCGUAUCGGGUUUCUGGUGUUUGAAUGGCAUGUGCCAUUCCUUUUAGUAUUUUCCAUUUGUAUAGCGCCUCUUAUACUUAUUAUCCAAGCUUUUAUCCUCCAAAUACAUCCACUGCGGUGGCGCCGCCUUCUUCCACUAAGCCGUUAAAAGCCUGACCGCCAAGGAAGUUAUGAAACGGGGAGUUGGAAUAUAGCAUUAUCACAUACUAAAGGCACCUGUGCGAUUUUAUAAGGCAAUAUACUUAGUGACCGCGCUUCCAUAUAUCUAACCUUUGCCCACCAAAAACUAAUACAUUACUGAAGGCUCUGUCAUAAGUCCGGGACUUUUUGGCCGUUAUUUGUCUUGAAGAAAAAGUAAGUCUAAGUCGCAAAAAGAUGACGCAAUAGGCGUGGCGAGCGAACCAGCACCGCUAAUUAAACUAAUAGAUGAAGGCUAGUGCAACAACAUAUAUAAAAAAUAGAUUUUCAAAACUCGAACCCUAUGCAAAUCUAUCUUUGAUAUAACAUUCUCCUUCCAUCUUUAAAUGAAGGUCUUUAUGGAUUUUUAAUAUCUUCAGCAUGUGCAGCCAAAUUACGAUUACUAGAACCCUGCAAAUCGAGAACAGUUCAAGUUAUCGAGGGUAAAAAUAUAUAGGAAAGUGACUUCGCGUUGGUAGGUUGGUCGGGUUAUCGGGGUUCUAUUCACAAACUUAAGCUUCAUAUUAUAAAAUAUUCAGGCAAAAUUAAACGAUAUCUUUAGUGCAAUGUUUGUAGGUAAUUGUAGGUCCAGUGAUAAUAUUUCUCUGGGCAAUUAUAAAGUCAUAAUAAAAUCUUGCAUUUUCUAAA